AGAGAAGGGAACAAACAGGAAACGCAGCAGAAGAGGGAGGGAACGGAAGAAGGGAAGAGGAGGGCGGAGGAAAGCCGAAAGAGUACGAGUGAGGUUGGAAAGCUCACCUGUUUUUCUCGAUGUGGCGACAUUGAAAAUAGCAUGACAGGGCAUGAGGGAUCUGCCGUGGCAUAUGACUAGGAACGCGGCUGAUUCAGCAUCGCGCCACAGCCCGAAAAAGGGUAACUCGUUUGUGGGCAGUGGCGGUCUUUCGGUAAGGGGAGGACUCCUUGGUUCUCCCCGCCGAAGAUCCCAAGCCGACAAACUGUGCGACGCAUCCGCCAAACAAAAAAAGCACUGACAUAUUGGAAUUGCCAGCGCAUGGACCGAAGUGGACAGUCCAGUCCUUUCAGUACACGGUGGCAAACCUCCAAGGUCGGGCCGCCAUCGACAGUAUCAGACCUAUGUUCGACGAAUGCACUGGUGACACACAACACACCACUUGCGAAUUGUCCAGGCGCAAUCAAAGAUCCAGCCCCUCGCAGUCUUCUGCUUGGGAGGACGGUGAGGAGAGCGUGGAGUCAUCGGUAGUGAGAACACCAGCGGCUUACAGAGAUCAAAGAAUAUUUUUAGAACUGCGCAAAGGAUUCCGCGUCGGGGAUAGGAGAAUCAUGCUGCCUGUUAAACAGCGCAGAUGGUCGUACAAAGCAUGCCAUUGUCAAAAUCUGCUGCCUGACAUGGCAUGACACUACUACGCAAUGAGAAGGUGUUCUUCCUCGUUUCAGACCUCGGGGCCUUCCGAGGCGACACGGGGCUGGGCGGAGGACUGCGCGAUGGCGCCCAUGGCCGCCCGAGCUGUGGGAGUCGGCUCGAGGAGUGCGGACAGAUUGGCUAGCACCGGCUCGCUGCGCACGCCGCCCAUGACCGCCAGCGCACGAGCGUGGCUUCCCCCGCCGGAGAAGAAAUUCUUGAUCCUUCUGGCCGUGGGCUCCAGCACCGCCUCCUCCGGCCAGCCGACCGCCUGCCUCAUCGAGCCCAGGCCCCCGGCGGCCUCAACAGUCCGCAGGCUUGGCGACGUACGACUCGUCCAGUGCCACCUCUGGGGCGAUGCACGGCAGGUCUCCGCACGACGCGGCCAACGGCGUCGAUUCUGGGCAGUGCCUCGCCUGGAAGAACUUCACCGACCAGUUUUCAGACUGGUCCUCCACGACGAUGUGCUCCAGAGAUACUUACUUAUGCACGACGUCCUGUGAGUGACAGUAGACCAGCGAUCCUGCUAUCUGCAUUGUGCAGUUCACAGCAUCCUCCACAUCGAGGCGGUACCCUGGCUGGUCCAAGGGGCGCUGGCGCAGAUUCUGCAUGCCCCCGAAUUCGAGGGCUAAGUACACCAGAGAGAACCUAUGGCACAUGUGAUUGCAGUGGACGAUGUGUGGGUGCAUGAGCACGUCCCUCAAGAAUCGCAAUUCGCAGUAGAUGCACUUCAGGUUUCCAGCAGAUACGUGGUCCGACUUGCCGUAGAUCUUGAGGACAACCUUCUCGGACUCGCAGCGAUCGGCAAGCAGUACGUCGUUACCGCCCCUUGCGUUAUCAAAACGAUUGGUCACAUAGUAAUCGCGAACACUGUUGGGUGUCUCCACGAGGUUGGGAUCGAUGGGGUCGAAUUUGGGCAUCAGGCACCACAGCGCUGGCACCGACAGCCAGGCGCGCGUCGUGGCGCGCCAUGACCGUCUGUACAAAUUCUUGGCUCAUUCCACCCGGGACCACAAGCAGCUUCAGCACAAACACGCAGAGGUCGCGGUGCAGCUCGAGUUCUUCCAACAACUUCUUCAUCACGCGCUUCUCGUACCACGUUUCGAACGUGCAUGGCACAAGCUAACUGGCGCUCUCGGAUGCCAGGGACGCGAUCCGCUCUGCGUCACAAUGACCCCCAGGCGCAGAGUCUGGUGUGGCAAGCUUGCUAGGUCGCUGCGGACAGCUCCACAGCACCAGGGUGGCGAACGCGAAGUGCGCGGGCAACUGCGAGCCCACUCGGGAAACAUAGCUCUCUAUCGCUGCUUGGCUGGAGGCCGACGGCAGCCCAACUUUCCUGGCUCCCAUGGUACAGAACCCAGCGGUGUUGCGAGGAUUCGUGCUGCCCCGCGGCAGCGCAGGCACCUGUGGCCGUUGGCGCCUUGGGCCGUCUUGGACAAUCUGAGAUCGAAGGAGAAAGUAUUCCAAACUGGUACAGAUGCCUCGCGAACAUCAUGUCAAUGUGGCCCCUCGGGG